AUGAAGCUCACUCUCGGGCUCACUGCGGCCCUGGCUGGUUGCGCGGCCGCCGCGCAGCAGGCCGCCCACGUCUACAUGUUCCGUGGCGACGCUGAUAGCCACCAAACGACCGCGACACCCUCCAUCACACCCAGCCUGGCGCGCUUGAUUCUGCUGCAACGAGUGUCGCCGCUGGGCAAGGGGCCCUCGGUCGCAGAGAUCCCGGAGAACGUCGAUGACAAGACCGUAGCGGACUUGAUGAACCAAUUCGGCGGACCGAGCGAAUCCCUUUUCGAAGACGACACAACGACGCCCAGCCAAGCCCUCAUCUUGAUUGAGGGGCUCACAGACAGUGAGAUGAAGGAGAUGGAUGGAAAGUUUGGCAUGGGUGCCGCUUUCACAAUCUCAGCACCCCCUGCGUCGUCGGCGCACGAUAGCCUCCUCAAGAACGACAUCUACAACGCUGGCAUUGCCAGCCAACACAGCUGCAGCAUCUCCCAGGUCUUGAACCCCUUUGCGAAGGAAUGCUGGAGCGAAAGCGCCGCUGUGGCAAAAUACAACGUUCAAAAGGACAAGCAAGUUUUGAAGGAACUGUUGGAUCGGGCAUCCGACCUUGCGAAGCUUGCCAAGGCGGGCGAGAUGGAGACCACUGUGGUCGUCCUGCCCGCCUCUGGCAAGGCCACCAAGUGGUCUGAGGCGGGCCAGGAGUUGCGCCGCCGGCAGUCGCAGGCCGAGCAGGUCAUCUCUGCCGUCGAGCGCCCUGCCGAGUCGGACGCACCUGACGCCGAGACCUCGGAAAACAAGCAGGACACCGUCUUCUACCCUGGCAAGGAGGCCAUCCCGGCAUGCUUCGGAUCGAAGGAUAGCUGCUCCACGAGCACGGGCAACUGCUCCGGCCGCGGCGAGUGCUCGAACAAGUACGCGAACAGGGACGGCUCAGAGGGCAAGGAGGUCUGCUACGUCUGCCGCUGCCUCAGCACGGCGAGCGAGUCUGGCAGUGUGACGCACUGGGCCGGCCCCACGUGCGCCAAGAAGGACGUCAGCACUGCCUUUUGGCUGUUUGCCGGCUUUACUCUGCUCAUGGUCAGCGUCCUGACCCUCUCGAUCUCCAUGCUUUUCAACGUUGGGGAGGAGAAGCUGCCCGGUGUCAUUGGGGCUGGUGUGUCCAAGUCCAAGUGA